UCCGCCCGUCUCCAUUUCGUCGCGUUUACAAACAGACACAUUUGGCGGACGGUGGCAUAAGUCACCUCAAAUUACGUGAACACAAUGCCUGAAAUUGCUGAAGUCGCCCGGUGCGUGCACUUCCUGCGCCGGCACCUGCUCGGGAAGAAGAUCGCCAAGGUCUCUGCCCCCGACGAUGCCAACGUCUUCGGCAAGGUCGGUACUAGCGGUCCGGCCUUCGAGAAGGCAGUGAAGGGACGGAAGGUCGUGUCUGUGGGAAGCCAAGGGAAGUACUUUUGGAUAACCUUUGACAAACCGCCUCAUGCGGUGAUGCACUUGGGCAUGACAGGGUGGAUACACAUCAAGGGCGACAAGACUGCCUACACGAACUACUACAAAAAGAUGAAAGACGGUGAGGCCGACGCCUGGCCGCCAAAGUACUGGAAGUUCCAGCUCGAGACCGACGACGACCCCCCAGUCGCGGCCGCCUUCACCGACCCGCGUCGCUUCGGCCGCAUCCGUCUCGUCAACUGCCCUGGUGCCGACAUCCGGAACCACUCGCCGCUCAAAGAAAACGGCCCGGACCCCGUCGUCGAUGCCGACGUCUUCACCGAGGCCUACUUCUGCGACAAGAUGCGCUCGCGCCACGUGCCCGUCAAGGCGCUGCUGCUGGAUCAGUCACACAUCAGCGGCAUCGGCAACUGGGUCGCCGACGAGGUGCUCUACCAGUCGAGGCUGCACCCGGAGCAGUACUGCGACACCUUCGGCGAGGCCGAGUCGCGGCGGCUAUACGAGGCCGUGCGGUACGUGUGCCAGACGGCCGUCGACAAGCUCGGCGACUCGGACGAGUUCCCGGCCGACUGGCUUUUCAACUACCGCUGGGGCAAGGGGAGUAAGGACGCCGCCUCGGCGCUGCCGAACGGAGAAAAGCUCGCCUUCAUCACCGUCGGCGGGCGGACGAGCUGCUACGCUCCUGGGAGGCAGAAGAAGACGGGGCAGGUCGUGGCCUCGGCCAAGGAGGAGCCUGUCGGGGACGAGGAGGGGAAGCCCAAGGCCGUUCCCGGGAAGGCCAAGAGGCGGGUGAAAGCACAGGAGAGCGAGGACGAGAAGCCCGCCAAGAAAGCGCGGGGCGCCAAAGGCUCUGCGACGUCAAAGUCCAAGGCAAAGGUUAAGCAAGAGGAGGAGGUGGAGGAGGAGGAAGCUCCCCAGCCUCCUGCGGUCGAGACCGUUCCAGGACGGAAAUCGCGGGGCUCCAAAGCCGCAGAGAAACCCAAAGCCCCAUCCGGGACGAAGAACACUGCAAAGGAUAAGGCGAAGGUGGAGACUCCGGCAGAGGACACGAGUAGUAGACGGAGAUCCCUCCGAUUGAAGAAAUAGACUGUCAGUGCCUCGAUCAAGGUUACAUGCGAUGCCCCUC